CAUUUGUUGUGUUCCUUCCAAGACAAAGCAAGUCUCAGCCAUUCCAGUGAAAGCCAAGCCAAGCAAAAACCAACGAUACCUCGCAUCUCCUCAACCAGCAAGCAGUUAAUAACACAACCCAAGCAACCUUCCUGGACUGGACUGAUCACACUAUACGAUCGUGCUGUAUCGAUUGAAGGAAAAAGGAAGACACACAAGAGAUUUGAUUUGGGUAUACAACAAGCAUCAUGAACUCUAACACUACCACUAGCAAGGGAAAGGAUGAAGGAGACCAAGCGUUUCUGGAUGUAUGGGACAAUGUGGAGGGUGAAGUUGACGUGGAUGAUUUGAUAGAGGAACAACAGACACAAAAGGAAAAAGAACAUCCAUCCAAUGAUGAUGAUGCUACCAAUAGUGGUGGUAAGGCCACUUUGACCGUUGUUGCCAUGACUAAUGGUGCUGCUGCUGCCACUGGUGCUCUGGCUGCGACUCCUGAGAAACCAACCAAAGACCAGCAGCAGCAAGCCCUGGAAGCUUCGACUCCUCUGACGGAAGCCACGUCUUCCCAUUAUUAUGACGUGGGAGUCGAAGACUUAGAUGAAGACUUAGAAGACAAUGAAGACAACCAACAAAAGAAACAACAGCUCAAUGUCCACGUCGAAACGGACGACGAAUACGACGACUACGAAGCUGACGGUCCGAAUGGUCGUUCCAGUUACUUUAUGCAAAACACCAUUCCCGGUUCAAGCAGUAACAACAAUGACACCAACCAACAACAGCACAAUGCAUGGACCCGCUGCGUCUUGCACCUUCAUCGCAUCAUUACCAAAUUGCUCCUUUGCAUUUCCCACGUCGCCAUUCACUAUCCCCGCAUUACCGUCAUUGCCCUGUCGGGGGUCAGCAUUGGACUGCUCGCCGCGGGCAUCUUUACCAAUUUUACUGUCGAAAAUGACAAUCACGAUCUCUGGCCACCCGUCGAAUCCCUCAGUGUCACCCAAACCGAAUGGCUCUAUCAAGAAUCGCGCUUUAAUUACAAUCCCGUUCUCAUGGAUGUCCUCUUGCACAAAAAGGGCGCCAAUGUGCUGGGGCAAGAAGGACCCCAACGGGUCUUUGAUAUUGUCGACAAAUUCACAUCGCAAUCUGGAUACAAACAGGGAUGUGCUUGGGCGGAACGAUUUGGGCAUUUGUAUUGGGUCGGUCAGUGUCAUAUUGAUAGUGUCGCCGAUUUUUGGUUGGAACGACAAGCCAUUUUUGAUGCCCAAGUACAGACGGAUAAAGAUGCUAUUCGGCAAAUGUCCCAACUCUACUAUCCCGGACCGACUACCGCCGCAUAUCCCGAUGGUGUCCCCGUCGAUGUCCCGGCCAUUUUGGGAAAUACUGUAAGGGACGCCAAUGGCACAUUGACGUCGGCCGAUUCCUACUUGAUUCAAUUUGCCAUUCCUUGGUCCAACGUGACGCUGGCAUUUGAACGAGAAGCCAUUACGCGCAUGUUGCAACUGCGGGACGACUAUGCGGCGGUCGAAGACACAGAAGGAUGGGUUAUGGAAUUCCGUUCCUUUAGUUCCUAUGCGGAUGAAUUCAAUCGAGCCAUUAUUGCCGAUCUCUGGUUGAUUCCUGUCGCGGCUGUUAUUGUGGCCGCAUUCACCGUACUCUUUGCCUUUGGCAAGUGUCACAAAGUGUACUCCAGAGGAUUGCUGGGGGUUGGAGCCGUAUUGACUAUUGUCGCAUCUCUCAUGACUACGUUUGGGAUUCUCUUCAUUUGUGGGGUUCCAUUUACCGCCCAAACCAUCAUGGUGCCCUUUCUCAUGUUUGGAAUUGGAUUGGAUGAUGCAUUCAUCAUCUAUGGCAGUUACAAUCGCAAGGAUCCAAACAAGGAUAUCCCAACGCGCAUCAAAUCAACCUUCAAAGAUGUCGGAAUCAGUAUCUUUCUUACAUCUCUCACUUCCAUGCUCGCAUUCGUAUUGGGGACCUUCUCCUCUAUUCCCGCCGUCCGAUGGCUCUGUCUCUACGCAUUUCCAGCCGUUGGAAUCGAUUUCUUUUACCAAAUUACCUUCUUUGUCGCGUUGAUCGUCCUCGAUGAAAAACGAAUCCAAGCCAAUCGCAUGGACUACUGCACCUGCUUCACAGUCCCACAAGAUGAUGAUGACGACGACGACCAUAAAAAGAACAACAACCAGCAAGAUGAAAACAAUGGCGGCGAGCUCGUGGAAGAAGCACAGCAGCAGCAUGAAGAUGAACCCACAACAACAACAACCGCCCCGCAACAAACACACAUUGCCGAUCGACUCAUGGGAUGGUGGUCCAACCAGUUGCUCAAACCGGCUGUCCAAACGAUAGCCAUGCUGGCCUUUUUGGGUCUUUCCGCUGCGUCCAUAUACUUUGCCACCAAACUCGAUCAGGAGUUUGACUUUACAGCUCUUGUUCCCGCGGAUUCGUACCUUAAGGAAUACUACGAUUCCCUCGAUGACUACACGAAAGUCACCGGUAUGAUGACGCAGGCGUACUUUAAAGAUGUCGAUCAAGGUGAUCGAAACAUCCAGAAACAAAUGGUGCAGUACAUUGACGAGCUGGUCGCCACCGGUGAAGUGGCCGAACCCGCCUACUUUUGGCUGCGGGACUUUACACUGUAUUCGAACCAGCAGUACAGCGAGUCCAAUGGCACCUUCCCGAGUAUGAACUUUGAUCAACAAAUCAAUGAGUUCCUCAAAGACCCCAUUUACUACGAACUCUACGACGAAGACAUUGGACGUAGUCGCCAACGGACGGUCCAGGAGACUCGCGUGAACCUUCGCAUGCUAGUGGACGCCAAGGAUUCCAAGGCUUCCGUGGACAUGUUGUCCGCCGUGCGAGAAGUCUCGGGCGCUCAACCUAUCAAUCAAGGAAUCGACGAUUGGAAGUUCUUCACCUAUUCCGGCGAGUAUCACGUUUACGAGUUCUACCGAGAAGUUGUGGAAGAGCUCGUGUUCACCAGUUUGAUGGGAGUCUUGUCGGUCAACUUGAUUGCUCUCUUCUUCAUCCCACAUUGGACCGCUGUUCUGUUCAUUUUCCCAUUCAUCUCGCUUCUCUACAUCAAUAUGCUGGGGUUCCUCUACAUUUCGGGAGUCCAGAUCAAUGCCAUUAGCUACAUUACACUCGUCAUGUCGAUUGGUCUCAUGGUCGAUUACAUCAUGCACAUUCUGAUGCGAUACUACGAUUCCAAAGGCACACGGGAGGAACGGGUGAGAGAAACAAUGUCCAGCAUGGGGGCUUCCAUCUUUUUGGGUGCUGCCUCGACGUUCCUGGGUAUCAUGGCACUCGCGUUGAGUACCAGCGAUAUUCUUCAAAAUAUCUUUGUGUCGGUCGUGGGCCUGAUCUCCUUUGGUGUUGUGAAUGGGCUAAUCUUCCUUCCCGUCGUUCUUUCCUUGGUGGGCCCGCAAUAAUGAUGAGACCGCUACCGCAGGAUAGAUGGGUGUGUGGAUAGCUAAAUUCGAUCUGAAAAGAUCUUUGGGCGUGUAACCUAUUAUUAGAACCAAUGCAUGAAGAG